GUCACCCCGCGCUCUCAUCUCCGUAACACACUCUGAAAGCAUCUAUAUAAGCUCCCUGCUGCAAACGCCCGGAUUCCUCGCAUCCGCAACCCAUUCCCCUUCCCCGCCACCAUCAUGACUGUCUACCAGGCCACCGUCUCUGCCCCCGUCAACAUCGCCUGCAUCAAAUACUGGGGCAAGCGCGACACCAAGCUCAUCCUCCCCACCAACUCUUCUCUUUCCGUAACCUUGGACCAGGACCAUCUCCGCGCCACCACCACUUCCCGUGCGGACCCAUCCUUCGAAAAAGACAGGCUAUGGCUCAACGGCAAGGAGGAGGAGAUCGAGGCCGGAGGCCGUCUCGCCACCUGCAUCACUGAGAUGAAAGCCCUCCGUCGACAGGUCGAGGAGAAAGACCCUAAGGAGCCCAAGCUUUCUACAUUUUCCGUCCACAUCGCCUCCCGCAACAACUUCCCCACCGCCGCAGGCCUCGCUUCCUCCGCUGCCGGCUUCGCCGCUCUCGUAGCCUCCCUCGCCGCACUCUACCAACUCCCAUCCUCCCCCUCCGAUCUCUCCAUCAUCGCCCGCCAGGGCUCCGGCUCCGCAUGCCGUUCCCUCUUCGGUGGCUACGUCGCAUGGGAGAUGGGCCAAGCCGCCGACGGCUCCGACUCUCGCGCCGUCGAGAUCGCUCCCCGCGAGCACUGGCCCGAGAUGCACGCCCUCAUCUGCGUCGUCUCAGACGUCAAGAAGGGCACGUCCUCCACCUCGGGCAUGCAGCGCACCGUCGCGACCUCGCCCCUCCUCCAACACCGCAUCAAACACGUCGUCCCCGCUCGCAUGGCCGGCAUCUCUAAAGCCAUCCUCGAGAAGGACUUUGAUACGUUCGCUACGCUUACGAUGCAGGACUCGAACCAGUUCCACGCCGUCGCGCUCGAUACCGAUCCCCCCAUCUUUUACAUGAACGAUGUCAGCAGGUCGAUCAUCGCCCUCAUUACCGAGUACAACCGUGUCUCGGUCGAGAAUGGGGGGAAGAUCAAGGCGGCGUAUACGUACGAUGCUGGUCCGAACGCCGUCAUUUACGCGCCCCAGGAGAACUUGAAGGAGAUCAUCGAGCUCAUCCACGACUACUUCCCCCAAUCCGAGACCUUCAAGGAUCCGUUCGGUCUUUUCGGUAGCGCCGGUGUGAAGUCGAAGGUCGUUGACGGAUUCAACACGCAAGUCGCGAAGAAGUUCGAGGUCGGGGCUGUUAAGGGACUCAUUCACACUCGCGUUGGUGAUGGGCCGAGGAAGUUGGGCGAAGAGGAGACUCUGCUGGGUGCGGAGGGCAUCCCGACGUACUUGGCUUAGAGGGCAGGAAAAUGAAUGUAUGGUAUGCUGUGCGAAGAUCUAGAGUAAUUGGUUGUAUCGUAACUUAUACAUGGGCUUUCGGAUUACCAUUCUGUGCGGAGCAUUCCUCCUACUGCAAAUGCA